AUGUCGUCUUCUGGAGUUGCCAAGCUUUCGGGCCGGCUUGGCAAAUAUAACGUUGCCAACAAGCUUUACAAGAGCUCGCUACUAAACACAGUAUGCUUAGUGGCGGGUAUCUCCAUCUUCUUUUUCGGCUAUGACCAAGGAUUGAUGGGCGGCGUCAAUACCGCACGCGACUAUGCAGAACUAAUGGGCUUCGGUCAUUGGGACGAAGAGGAGCAACUCGUCGUUGUUGAUAAACCACUCCUCCAAGGAGGAAUUGUUGCCGUUUAUUAUCUUCCUGGAACCCUGGUAGGAUGCUUUUUUGGAGGCUGGUUUGGCGACCGCUAUGGCCGCAUCACUACUAUCGGCGUCGCCUGUAUCUGGUCCAUCUUGACUGCAGCUUUGCAAUCUGCAGCGCAAAACUCAGAUUGGAUGUUUUGUGCACGAGUCUUGAACGGUAUUGGCACAGGCAUCUUGAAUGCCAUCACACCCGUCUGGGCCACGGAAACGGCUGCCCACACUUCUCGUGGACAGUUUGUCGCGAUUGAGUUCACUCUGAACAUUUUCGGUGUGGUUGUCGCAUAUUGGCUGCAGUUUGGUACUUCAAAGUACAAGGACCCGACAUCGUCGUUCAUCUGGAGAUUUCCAAUUGCCUUCCAGAUCGUUCCUCUCAUUGUACUUUUCGUCAUCAUCUGGUUCAUGCCUGAGUCACCCAGAUGGCUCGUCAAGGUUGGCCGAGAAGAAGAAGCCCGUUUCAUUCUGCAGCGUCUACGAGGAACCGAGGGGGAAGACGCCCAACUCGCCGAGUCAGAACUUCAGGACAUCAUCAACACCAGAAACAUGGAAGACAAGACAUCGAAACAGCAGAGCUAUUUUGCAAUGUUCUUUGGCAUUGGCUCAGGUAAACUCCAUACUGGUCGCCGGGUUCAGCUCGUUAUCUGGCUUCAGAUUCUACAAGAAUGGAUCGGCAUUGCGGGAAUCACCAUUUAUGGUCCAACAAUUUUCACCAUUGCCGGCAUUAGCUCUGAGCAACGCCUUUGGGUCAGUGGAGUAAACAAUAUCACAUACAUGUUUGCAACUCUGAUUUGUGUUUUCACACUGGACCGUAUUGGGCGUCGCUGGACGUUAUACUGGGGCUCGGUCGGUCAAGCGAUUUGCAUGUUCUGUGCCGGUGGCCUCGCCCGCGCAACCCUUGACGCUUCUCCCGGCAACCGGGCUGGACUAGGUGGCGCCGCAACCUUUUUCGUUUUCCUCUUUACAGCUAUUUUCGGAGCCACGUGGCUUACUGUGCCAUGGCUUUACCCUGCUGAAAUCUUUCCCUUGCAAGUACGCGCCAAGGGAAAUGCUUGGGGCGUAGUUGGGUGGUCGAUUGGUAACGGCUGGACGGUCCUCCUGUUACCGACCAUCUUCGACAAACUUAACGAGAAGACAUUAUACAUCUUUGGCGGUGUAAAUGUUGCCUGCAUUUUCAUCGUCUGGGCGUUCUAUCCCGAAUCAAACCAAAGAACACUGGAGGAAAUGGAUCUAGUUUUUGCUAGCGACAGCAUAUGGACUUGGGAAGCUGAGAAGAACUUUGCCAGACUAAAGGCUGAGAACCCUGAUUUAGUUCAAGCGGCAAAGGCAGGACAUGGGGCUGUUGAUCCUGAGACUGGUAUUUUGUCACGCGGGGGGUCUUCACAUAUUUCUGAUGGUGAGAGACAGACACAACAUGUCGAUCCGGAUAAGAAGUAG